UUAGUUCUUUAACCGACCAGAAACACGACAUAUUUCGAAUUAUAUUGUUGCGAUGAGAUAUUGUAUGCUAAUAAAUACACGUUAUUACUUGUGAAUCUGGUGCCAUCCAUUACCUACAUUUAUUAUAUGUAGCAUCUCGCUACAAAACGUAUAUCUAUCUCACUUUAUGUUCCAAAAGUGUACACUAGUUCAGCCACAGAAAACUGACCUCUUAGCCGAGUGCGAACGAUUUGAGACUUGAGACGAUUCGGAUCAAUAGCUACGUAAGCUACAUUGUGCUACAUUGCAUUCAGCAAAACAACAGUUUUGCUACCAUCUUGUGAUUAUCCGCUGAGAUAAAAUUAUUCUUCUGGAUAAAAAAUCUAUAAUCCAAUCAGCGCGAAGAAACGUCCCACAGUUGCAAAAUAAAUGUUCUACUGAAGCGAUUGUAUUACGUUUUUAAUUACCGUAAUCGCGGAAUGUCAGUGAUAAUGACAGCCAAGCUUCAAGACGACAUGAAUAGUAUACCUCUGGCAGAUGACGAUCCGCAAGUAAUAAUACCAGAAGAGGAAAUCUUAGACAAUGCUUCACAUAUGUCUGAUCCGUUAGGCAGAGGACGCAGCAUGGAUUCUAUACCAUCAACAUUUACUAACGGCAGCUGUAGUCCUAACAGUUUAGAUCCUGAUAUUAGCCCAGAUGAACAAGAAGAGAAAGCUAGAUUGAUUGCACAGGUUCUCGAAUUGCAAAAUACUUUGGAUGAUCUGUCACAAAGAGUGGACAGUGUAAAGGAAGAGAAUCUCAAGCUAAGAAGUGAGAAUCAGGUUCUGAGCCAGUACAUUGAGAAUUUAAUGUCAGCAUCGAGCGUAUUUCAGUCCACAAGUCCCAAUACCAAAAAGAAGUAAACCAUAUUAAUUAAAUAAUUAGACAAUUUAUGAAAAUAAACUAUAGUGAUUUUGAAGUAAUUGCGAUUGUUUUGAGUAUUUUGGAAAGUUUCCACAUGCAUAAAUUUUAUUUCAAUUUACAUUUAUCAAAAGAUAACGCCAAAU